UUUGCUACUUCUUGCACCCUCCUUCACACCAUUCUCUCCCUUGUCAAUUCUUUGUCUCUCAAACUCCAAAAUAUAUAUAUUUUUAUUCACAUCAUUAGCACACAAAUCAACUUUUUAUUCCAAACAUCACUGUUUCUAGUUUAUGAUAUCUUCAUUUCUCUCUAGUUUCUUCCAAACAAAAAAUACUAUUAUUUGGGAACCACAUUGAACAAGAAAACAAGAACAAGGAUACACUGAAUAUGGCAAGGAAUGUAAACUACUUCAUACUACUUCUUGUUCUUAGUCACUUCUUUUCUUCUGGUUACAGUGUGACAAAUAAAGAAGCACAUGAAAAUGUUACACAUAUGAAUGCACAAAGACAUGAAGAGAAACUAUUAGAAUUUAAUGCUUCAAAUUCUAAAAAAUUUCAAAGGGAUAUUACAACACCAAUCACAACAAUUCCAAAUUUAGUUCCAACAAUUUCAACAUCACCAAUUCUGAAUCCUGAUUCAAAUCCAGACACAUAUUCACCAUCUUCAACAGUGCCUAUUACUGCUCCAUCAACGUCAAAUUCACCGGUUUCUUCGGGCGCAAGUUGGUGUAUUGCAAGUCCUAGUGCUUCACAAAGAGCUUUACAAGUUGCAUUAGAUUAUGCUUGUGGAUUUGGUGGCACUGAUUGUUCUGCAAUUCAAGUUGGUGGAAGCUGUUAUAAUCCAAAUUCUGUUCAUGAUCAUGCUUCUUUUGCAUUUAAUAAGUACUAUCAGAAGAAUCCUGUUCCAAAUAGUUGCAAUUUUGGUGGAACUGCUGUCAUUACUAACACAAAUCCAAGUGUUGGGACAUGUCAAUAUCCAUCCACUAGUACAAGUUCAUCACUCUUAAACACAACCAACACAAGUGGUGCAAAUAUUUUUGGGUAUGUGCCUGUUCCAAAAAAUCCCUCUGUCUCUGCUGCAGCUGCUACCACUUCAAAUACCUUUGCACAAAUUUUCUUCAUUCUAUGGACAAUUGCUGCAAUUUUGGAAAACAAUUAUAUCCAACAUGAAUGAUAAUUUUAUUUUGCUUCUCUCACCAAAAUAAUUUAAAUUUCUUAUUGUUUGGUUUUUGGUGGGGUUUAUGUGACUUGGAAAGCAAAUAGCUAGGUACUUGUAACAUAAUAUACAUGAAUUAGAUGCACUUUGUAGAGAUUUUAUAUAUAAUGGAGAUUAUUAGUAUAGAUUUAUACCAUACCUUUUUUUUUAUCCUUUGUAGUGCUUAUAUUGGAUUUUCCCCUUUCCUAAGAAAUAUUGCUUUGUAUUAACUGUAUUCAAAGGUGAGUAUUAUAUCUCUAUGAAUAUUAGUGUUUAUAUAUUAAAAA